AUGGUUCCUAAUUCUGAGCAAAAGGAUGGCAAGCCACGAGCUAGGUGCAAGUUGUGUGGAGUCACUUAUAUGGCUACGAGCAAAUAUGGAAUCGGAAAUAUGAAGCGUCACAUUGACACAUGCCCCAGGAGAAGUUCACGAGAUAUUGGUCAGUGUUUGUUAUCACAAAAUAGUGGAUCCGGAUCUGUCUCAAUAAGUAAUCUUAAAUUUGAUACUAAUGAAUAUAGAGAAUUGUUGAUAGCAGCUAUUGUGAAGCAUGAACUGCCUUUUCGAUUUGUUGAAUAUUUGGGGAUUUUUGUAUUAACUUUGGACAAUGCAUCUUCUAAUGAUGUUUCAGUAGAAUUGUUAAGAACUCAGUUGAACAUUAAGAAAGCUCUUGUUUGUGAUUGUGAGUUCUUUCAUCUUCGUUGUUGUGCACAUAUUCUUAAUUUGGUAGUACAAGAUGGGUUGAAAGAGAUUGAUCAUGCUAUUCAAAAAGUUCGUGAAAGUAUCAAGUAUGUUAAAGGAUCACAAACAAGGAAAGUAAAAUUUUUAGAUUCAACAAAUCAAAUGUCUUUGGAUAGCAAGAAAGGGUUGAGACAGGAUGUCCCCACUAGAUGGAAUUCUACUUAUCUUAUGCUUGAGAGUGUUAUUUUCUAUCGUCGUGCCUUUAGCCAUUUGGAGUUGACUAAUUCCAAUUUUAAGCAUUGUCCAUCAAAUUCUAAGUGGGAAAAAGUGGAGAAGAUUAAAGGUUUAUUGAGUGUUUUUUAUGAAGCCACUUGUGACUUUUCUGGGACGAAAUACCCUACAGCCAAUCUCUACUUUCCAGCUGUGUUUUUGAUUUAUUUUAGAUUAAAGCGGCACUCUGAGGGUGAAGAUGACUAUUUGAAGAGAAUGUCUUGCCAAAUGCUUACUAAGUUUGAGAAAUAUUGGUCUGAGUUUAAUGUGUUGUUGGUUAUAGCAGUUAUAUUGGAUCCUCGAUACAAGCUUCAUUUUGUUGAUUUUUCUUAUACAAAGCUUUAUGGAGAUUGUUCUAUUGAGUUUAUGAAUGUUCGAACCAAGAUGGCAUCUCUUUUCAUGGAAUAUGCUUCUUCUAGUGUUCCCACAUGUUCUACCAUGACUUCUGAAAGUAAUGUUAGUGGAGCGGAAAGUGAGUCUUCAGUUAAUAAACAAGUAUUUCAGGAAUUUGAUUCAUUUAGACAUGAUGAUCUUAGUGCCCAUUUGCACAAAAGUCAAUUGGAUCUUUACUUGGAUGAACCUAGGUUUCUACAGUUGCUUCUGAAUCUACUUUUAGUGUUGGUGGACGUAUCAUUGAUCAGUUUAGGAGUGCACUAA